CAGGGGAUUAGGUAAAGCAGAGUGACAGAGAGCGCAGGACCUAACAAAGUCUCUGCAUGGACUGAAUGGCUGGGAGCUCGGAGGGACUCUCAGCAGCCACAGCUGGUUACCUGGGCCUCCCCAACUUCCCUUUUUCCUUAAUCUGAAUCGUCAGGAGGGAGCAUUCCCACAGCCACUAACGGAGACGUACCUUCACGCACACACACACACACACACACACACACACACACACACACACACACACACACACACACACACACACACACACAUACAUUACACACUGAAGCUAUGGGGUCAGUGAGUGAACUUUGUGUGUCCAGCCUUCAGACAUUCUUGUGUCCAGCUAUGAAGCCGCUCCACCAAGCUCCAGUGCCGGACGACCUCACUCCAGAGGAGCAGCAGGAGCUGGAGAAUAUCCGCCGGCGCAAGCUGGAGCUGCAGGAGGACAUUCAGCGGCUGAAGGAUGAGAUAGCAGAAGUGACAAGUGAGAUCGAGAACCUGGGUUCCACUGAGGAGAGGAAAAAUAUGCAGAGGAAUAAACAGGUGGCUAUGGGCCGUAAGAAAUUUAACAUGGACCCCAAAAAGGGGAUCCAGUUCCUAAUUGAGAACGACUUACUGAAGAAUACUAGCGACGACAUUGCUCAAUUCCUCUACAAGGGCGAGGGCCUCAACAAAACGGCCAUCGGAGAUUACCUCGGAGAGAGAGAUGACUUCAAUAUCCAAGUCCUCCAUGCCUUUGUGGAGCUUCAUGAGUUCACAGACCUUAACCUGGUUCAGGCCCUCAGACAGUUCCUGUGGAGUUUUCGGCUACCAGGAGAAGCUCAGAAGAUCGACCGCAUGAUGGAGGCCUUCGCUCAGCGCUACUGCCAAUGCAACCCUGGCGUUUUUCAGUCCACAGACACCUGUUACAUCCUGUCAUUUGCCAUCAUCAUGCUAAACACCAGCCUCCACAACCCGAAUGUGAAGGACAAGCCUUCUGUGGAACGAUUCAUCUCCAUGAACAGAGGAAUCAACGAGGGAGGAGACUUACCUGAGGACCUGCUCAGGAAUCUGUAUGACAGCAUCAAGAAUGAGCCUUUCAAAAUCCCAGAGGAUGACGGCAAUGACCUCACACACACUUUCUUCAACCCAGACAGAGAGGGCUGGCUGCUUAAACUGGGGGGACGAGUUAAAACCUGGAAGAGGAGGUGGUUUAUCCUCACGGACAACUGUCUGUACUACUUUGAGUACACCACAGACAAAGAGCCCAGAGGAAUCAUCCCAUUAGAGAACCUGAGCAUCAAGGAGGUGGAGGAUAAGAAGCCUAACUGCUUUGAGCUUUUCAUUCCUGACAACAAGGACCAGGUGAUAAAAGCGUGCAAGACCGAGGCUGACGGACGCGUUGUGGAGGGAAACCACACCUUCUACCGUAUCUCUGCCCCCACUGCUGAGGAAAAAGAGGAAUGGAUGAACAGCAUCAAAGCUGCCAUUAGCAGGGACCCCUUUUACGAGAUGCUGGCAGCCAGGAAAAAGAAGGUGUCGUCCAUGAAGAGGCACUAGAUCUUCUCAGUGCUCCAGAUGUUGCACUUGACCGAGCAGGGGGUCCAGGUAUCUACUCGCCCUGUCUGGGUCGGUGCAGAGGCCGCGGUUGGGGUCUGCUUCGGACCUCUUCAGGGGAUUUUUCUAGGACACAUUCUAGGUCUGACUUUGGGACUCUACAGGUCAGAAAAACGGGAAGCAUGCUGAAGUUUCUAGAUAAGAGUCAGGGCCAAUAGGUCCUUAACCUCCUGUCUCUUUCUCUCUCAGCUUUGUUUGUGCUCUAUGUCUGUGAGGCUGUAAGGAAAUCUUGCUGUAUAACUCAGCAAAAUCUCAGUUCAAUUCAAAGAUUAUUUAAAAACACAAUUUCCAUAAACAUUGCACACAUACACAACGUGCAUACACUCAUGCAGUCCCCCGUAGCACACAUCGUUUUAAACUCAGCAGGUCUGACCAAGUGUGGCACUCUAACCAAAAUAUUUCUCGCUUUGUGAAAGAAAAAGACUUUUUCGGAUGUGCUUUAAAAUGUUAGGGUAAUAUGUGUCUAUUUUUACAGCUUUAAAUGUAAAUUCCUCUUCAGUCUUUUUAGUUUGUUUGCAUUUGUAAUAAUAAAAAAACAAGGUUUGCAACAGAAACUGCAGAGGGGGGGUGUGGAAGGGAGUGUGUGUGAUUUGCUAACUGUUGAUAAUUUUAUAAAAAAAAAAUUAAAUAGUUGCCACUCAGGAGAUUGUUUAGAUGUUCUGAAACUUUCCAUGUCGGAGUUUACAUGGAUCCUGUUUACAACACGACAGCCAUGUGAGGAAUAAAAGCCUCAUCUGUGUCCCAGACUGAAGUGUUUUUGUAAAUGUGAAGCUGCAGUGCAGGGACGGACCACUGCAGUUGAGGGUGUGUGCUUGUCUGGACAGGCUCUCAGUGUUGGAUCUGGCUCUCGCUGUUCAUUUCCCGAAGGUCCUGGAGAUGCAUCUUGGGGAUUAGAGUUAAUCACCCUGGGCUUCUUUUUGAGCUUUUAGGUUGUCUGGAAAUUAGAACUUUUUCAUUUUCUCUUCCAAUACAUUUUUCUCCCAUUUUUUUUUUUUUUUUUUUUUUUUUCCCAAACACACCACUUUCUGUUACUUAAUUUCAUUGUUAGGAAAAUGGCUUUACUGUUGCACAGUGCCUGGCGAUCUAGGUGAACUAUUAUGAGAAAAGCUGCUGGUUAGUGACAGUAAAUCAGUUUUCUUCUCCCAGUCGAACAACAUUUAAUCUUUGUUCCCUGCCUUUAACGUUCUUUUCUUUUGUAGAGGGUUACUUAACCCAACCUCACUGAUCGUUGUACAAUACUGUGUGCAUCAGGUUGUUUAUGUAUAAUACAUAAUAUAUGACAUAUUGUUGUAGAGGCUUUAAAGUGGCACAAAUACAUGUGUGGUUCAUUGAAGCUAUGCCUGGAAAAGAAUGGGUUGUCCCGGUCUCAGGAUCCAAAGUGUGAUGUGAAACAAUACAAAACUACUACUUUUAUGAGGAAUGUACUGUGGUGAACCAAAAGAUGGAGGUCAGGAUGUCUGAUUGGUCAUGCUGAGGCAGUGACACGUCAUUUAGUCAAAUAGCAAAAACUACAUUGAGGUACAAUUUUGCAAACGCGGUCGGAUUUGUGCAACGAGCGGUUGUCUUUUCUACUCUUGUCUGUUGUCUCUACUCUCAUCUGUGCCUGCUGGUCAUUAGCUUCACUCCCUGUCUGUUUUGUUUCCUGGUUCCCUUCCUUUCUCUACUCCUCUCUGUGCACUAAUCAUAGAGAAAUAAGGAAAAAUGCAAAACAAUCAUAAUUCUAGACAGUAUUGGUUUAUUUAUCAAAGUUGUAUAUACGUAAAUGUAUAGUGGGUAUUUUGUCUUCAUUUUGUUUCGUAUUGUGCCAUUUUCUUUUGUUAUUCGGUUGUAUCAUGUUUGAUUUGAGGUUUGUAUACUUGCCAUUUAAUCAAGCUGAAAUAAAGACAAAUUUGUCACAA